CCAGGCCUACAUGGUCCAUUAUUUUCGUGAGUCAACGGAAGAGCCUAAUACCGAGUAGGUUGACACUGACGUGUUAUAUAAAGAUGGCGGACGAACAAGAUGUGAAUCUGUGAAAUUAAUACUCCUGGAUUUUCUUUUACGAUUCUCAAUCGCAAUAAUUUAAACAGUAUCUUUCACCUUAAAUCUACGAUGUAAUAACAAGGCUGGCCUUCACAUUAGUCUAUUAUGAGUAAAAGAACGGGUUACUCAAAAUAUUCCAAGCUUAAAGUCGAUAAGAAUGAUCAUGAGUCCUUCGGAGAAAUCCAGAACAGAUCGGCAUCUAGAGUUUACAUCUUUGGGAAUGAUUCAACUGAGGACUUAUCAGUGGAUGAUGACGCUUUGGAGUUAUCAGAAGUACGAUCCAGGGGUAAAGGAGGAAUCACUAGUAGUUUAACUUCACUAGAUCUCAAAAAAAGCCAUAUUAUCGAGAAAGAUGUCAAACCGAACGAUACUUUACAAAGAUUUGCUCUCAAUUUUGGUUGUACGAUGGAGGAAAUCAAAAGAGCAAACAAUUUAUAUUCCGAACAAGACUUUCAUGCUCUACAAAAAAUCAGAAUACCAGUUCAGCCACAUGGAAUACUAGCACAAGAAGACGAAGAAAAAAAGAAACACAAACCAGAACCACUGAACCUGGAUCCCUCAUCAUCAGGAAUGAAUGGAACAUUAGUAAAUGGGUAUGAUGAUGAUGAUGAUGAAUGUGUCAGAAAAAUAAGCAUUCGUUCUGCUUUGGAUUCACCUAAUAGCUUCCUUCGAAGCAUGGAUGAAGAUUUAAGAAUGAUUUGCAAAGGGACUCCACUGCGAAAAGCAAAUCUGGACGAAGUUGCAAGAACACUUACAGUGACUUGUAUACGUCCUCUAAAAAUGCAGGCAGAAAAGAGAGACUUAGGGAAUGUUUAUGGCAUAGGAUGGAAGGGAUUUGUAGCAGUAGUAGUUGUCGUCUGUAUUGUUAUUCCAGCAGCGUUAGCAUUGAUGUGGCUCUGGCCCAAAAUUAAAAGCUAACCUGAGUUUGAGCCAUAAACUUCUGAUUUGAGGGACUUAUUCCUUUGAGGUGGGAGAAAGGGUGAGAUGUGAGUGUAAAAGUUUGGGAACAAUAUUUUUUUUCAUUCAAUUAGGGAACACCUUAAUUAUUGGGGUAGGUUAUUGAGGGAAUUUGGGAUUUUUAAUGAUAUCAUUUGUUUUAAAAAUUGGGAAUUAAUCUUUUUGACCUUAUGAAAGAGAGACAUUCAUCCUCCUUCCUACAGCCUCCAUGGAAUGAUUUUGCCCUGCAAAUACAAUAUCUGUCGAUCCAUCAAUCUCUUGAAUUCUUGCCAGUAAGCUAAAUGGGCUAAUACCUGUAUGAAUCAAAAGUUUAUGGUUUCAUAGUUUAAAUUUAAAUACAGUGCAUUUCAACACACAUCAUUUAUAUAAGAAAGAAAUGAAAUUUCACAUUUUCAAAUUAACAGAGGUAUUAUCUGAAUUAUUAUAAUGUGUAGUUCCAGAAAUUAUCCAUACCCCCCUCCCUCGUUGUUGUUUUGUAAGUCUUGUUGUUUGCAAUUCAUGGAAGAACUUUGGUUUUUCAACUGAAAUCAUUCUUUUCCAUGUAUUCAAUGCCUUUAUUUGCAAUGUUUGUCUUCAUUUCUAUCCCACAAGUCUUUACAAGUCUAUUUUUAGUAACAGUCAAAAAUACUAUUGGUAUUUGUGAAUAUUUUGACACCGAAAUGAGGUUAACCCUGAGUAAAUGAGUCUUGAGGACUGAAAGUGUAAGUGCGCAAAGCCUCAGAAUAUAGGGUAAAGGAAACAAUGAAACAUCAAGUGCUAUUAUUAUUGUUAUUAAUUUAUUAUUAGUUCUACUCAUUGACUGAAUUAGAUUUUAGGAAUGAUAGAAUUAAGCUUUAAAUUAGUAGAUCAAAUAAUAUAUAAAGCAUAAAGAAAAACUCAA